AUGGCCAGUCAAGCAGAUUUCAAGAACCGUGAGUUCCUCGCGGUCAUCGGCGACGAAGAUUCAGUGACGGGCUUGCUGCUCGCAGGCAUCGGCCAUGUUACGGCGGGCGCAGAAGCGCAAAAGAAUUUCUUGGUGGUGGACGGCAAGACAGAGACGGCAGCUAUCGAAUCCGCCUUUGACAGGUUCACCCAAGACCGCAAGGACAUCGGCAUCGUCUUGAUCAACCAACACAUUGCGGAUAAAAUUCGACACAGAAUCGACACCUACACGGCUGCCUUUCCCACCGUUCUUGAGAUUCCCAGUAAAGAUCAUCCAUAUGAUCCGGAGAAAGACAGUGUGUUGAGAAGGGUGCGCCGUCUUUUUGGCGAGUAG